AUGGGCGCUUCGUCAAAGGAGAAUGCGGGGGCAGAGAAGGUUCCCUACAGCAACGUUGUGCGCGACGCACGACUUGCGGCGCAGCGUCAUCGCUGGCGCAUGCCCAAGGCGACUUAUAUGAUGGUGCCGGUGGCCCUACUCUUCACUGUCGGUGGUUUUUAUUUCACCUUUAGAUGGGCUGAUGAGAGGGCGAAGGAAGGGCCUUGCAUCGACUGUAAGCGGCAGCAGGAGAUCAUGGAGGAGCUGUACGGCAAGAGGCCUACCGUACAUAAGGGGUACAGAGUGUAG